AUGAUGCUGAGUUAAUAAAAUUAAAAAGUUGAAUUAAUAUUUUUAAACUAUUAUCCAUUUUUUGGAUCAUAUUUAAUGCAAAAGUUUAGUUAAUUCCUUCUAAGCAUAAUCAUAUUUUUGAAUAUAUAAGAAAAGUUUAAUUUUAAAAGUAAUUUGUGAACUUAGAGAUUUCAUAUUUAAUGAAACCUUAGAAUCAGAUUAAUAUUACAUAUUUUUUCAUCAUUUUAGUCUUUUGUAGGAAGUAGUUACUAAAGAUUAAAGAAUUUCAAGAUGUAGUUCAAAAAUUGCAGUAUUAGCAAUUAAUGAUAUUGGGAACGCACAAGUAGUAUUAAUUGAAUUUGAUUAAAUGCAAGUUUUUAAUAAAAUAACAAUUGAUUAAAUCAUUCAUAAUAACAAAAUUCAUGUGAAUAAAGAAUCUAACAAAUUUGGCAAUUCAUUAAAAAAAAAGAAUUCACUGUUUAAAGAGUAUUUAGAAAUCUUUGAUGGCGAAAAACCUUUUAAGAUCUUCUAACUUUGUAAAAACCAAUAAAGGUAAGAAGAUCGAUCAUAUUUACUAAAUCCAUAUUGUAAAUAAAUAAUGAUUAGAUAUGAUAUUUUGAUUGGAUUUAUCAAAAAAAUGAUUGAUGAUAAUCUUCAUAUACUAUUGAAUUUUGAUAAAUAUUUAGAAAGAUAAACUAUAUGA